CAUCGUACAGUUGAUGACAAAAGGGAUAACUUGUCCUCAUUUGUAGGAUUGCCAUUGCCUUGGUGGGACUGAUCAUAUCAGUUCCGUUUGUCAGCAUAAGUCGUUUUCACUUGUUGUUGAGAAUUAUAUUGGAGUGAUGACGUCACUUUGGGUCCUGAGACCAUUAAUUAGAGCACUCACCAUCUUACCGUCUCACACAAGUUUACAACCCCCAGCUCAUCCAGACUGCGAUAUCAUGGAUUCAAGUGGCACUAGUUGCGUACUUAUAUUUGUUGCGAUCAUCUUUCCUCCCGCCGCAGCUGCUUUCGUCUCAGGCUGUGGCUGCGACCUCUUCGUGAACAUCUUGUUGACUUUACUCGGGUACCUCCCUGGACUCAUCCACGCCCUGUGGCUCGUAUUCAAGCGUGUCGAUGUUCAGGAGCGACGUGCUGCAGGUAGCUAUCGAUACACUGGCAGCACGGAAGCCGCUCCACCGCCUCAGCUAUGUGAUCCGCAACCGACUGCGGCUACGUACAAGCCAAGCGCCCCGCCGCCGACUGGAUAUGGGGCUAUGUAUCAGGGUGACGCCCCUCCGGCCGGUAAGGUUUAAAGAACAGUAUCAUAUGAACACGCGUGGUGGUGGAUCGAAGUUUAAUGAUGUUCCCCGGCCAGUUUGACUGUACUAUGAGCCGUAGAGUAACGUCGGACAUAGUUUAUUAUUUACCCAUCGAUUUGU